CAUAAUAUAAUAGUAUCUAGUGCUACGCAUAGUACUUACUAUAGUACCUGAUAGUACGAAGUUAGUACAUGCAUACAAGAAAUCAGCAUGGGUAGCACGGAGGUAACACCGAUCCCAAAGAAAUUAAACGAAAGCAACGAUAUCGGUGAUGUUUACGGGCCGAACUUAAAAAUCCUUCCAUGCAAUAAUCAAGUGAAGGAACUGCAGACUAUAUUGCGAGACAAAAACACCACGAGGAGCGAUUUCAAGUUCUACGCCGACCGUCUGAUAAGACUAGUGAUAGAAGAAAGUUUAAAUCAAUUACCUUUUUCGAAAUGUGUGGUAACUACACCAACUGGUGCCAAAUACAAUGGUUUGAAGUAUCAGAAAGGAAAUUGUGGAGUGUCUAUAGUAAGAAGCGGAGAAGCCAUGGAACAGGGUUUAAGAGACUGCUGUCGUAGUAUAAGAAUUGGAAAAAUAUUAGUUGAAAGUGAUGCAGACACCCACGAAGCCAAAGUAGUUUAUGCAAAGUUUCCAGAUGAUAUAUCUGAAAGGAAAGUCUUACUUAUGUAUCCAAUAAUGAGUACUGGGAAUACUGUGAUAAAAGCAAUUGCUGUCCUAAAAGAACAUAAUGUAAUUGAAGAAAAUAUCAUUUUAUCAAAUUUAUUUUGUACACCAAUUGCAGCUAAGUCUCUAGUCACUGCCUUCCCUCAGAUGAAAAUUUUAACAUCAGAGAUUCAUAGCAUUGCUCCAAAUCAUUUUGGACAAAAAUACUUUGGAUGUUCUCGUUUCGUCGUAGGGGAGACUACAAACAUACAAGGGAAAGAUAUUUGAAGAAUUUGUGUUACGAAUAUACACAUACGUUAUGCAGAUGUUAGAGUUUAAUUUCAUUUUUUAACAAAUUUCAAUUGAAAAUAAUUACCAAAAUGUUAAGGAAUAUAUUUUUUUAAUGUAAUUAUGCCAUACGUUUAAAAUAUUUCUGUAGUCAGUUUAUUACAUAAAAAUAGCUAAUUUAUCUAUUAAACUUGACAAACUUGCUUUCUACAUACUCGAUGUUUUAUUUUCGUAUUUAUUAACGUUAAUGCUAGUCUUUUAUUCAUUGUUAAUAUGGAAAACAAAUAUUUAUUUUUAAAAAUUAAUGCUACGAAGAAUACAUAAAUAUAUAUAAAAUUGUUAAUACGAUAGUUAGAUCGAUUUUUGAACAUCAAAUUGACGUGUAACAUUACAAAGUAUAUUAAAUUGCUUUUUAUUAAAAAGAGAAAUAUCAGGUUUUAUAAAGUUAAAGUAGUUUACUUACCAAAAAACAUUCCUAGAAUGUAUAAAUUCAAUUAAUGGCCAGCUAAUGUUGAUUAGUGACAGGUACAUAGGAUAGAUUCGUAUGAUACAUUUUCAUAGAUGACAAAGUUGUAUAUGUGGAAUUAUUAGACAAAUUUUUAAACUUCUCUAUUAUGGUAUUUAUUAGUAAAUUUUCAUAUGUAUGUAACAAUGAUUGGCAUGACUUAUAUAUAUCAUGUAUAAUGAACAUUGUUCUUGUAAAUAUAUAUUUUCAAUACA